CAAUUGUUAUUUUUACACUUGCUAUUCGUAUCGAUGCCACCACUUCGUAGAUCCGCGCGUAUUAACUCUACAUCAGCGAUGGGGUCACCAAAACCAAAGCCACCCUCCGCAAAUGUAAACAAUAUUCUGAUUGGCCAGACAUGAAAAUAUACACAAAAUCAUCAUCUAAAACCCCGAAAACUGCGCGUUUUAAUAAUACUACUACAAUGUCAUAUUUUAUAUUUUGUAGAAAAGGCAAUAUUGGCUAAUGAAAGCCGAACCAGAGACUCGAAUUGUCAAGGGCGUUGAUGUAAAAUUCAGCAUAGAUAAUUUGCGUCAAAUGCCAAACUCUAUCUCGGAGUGGGACGGCGUGAGGAACUUUGAGGCGCGUAACAUUAUGCGAGAUCAGAUGAAGAUUGGCGACAAAAUACUUUUUUACCACUCCAAUUGCAAGGCUCCGGGAGUUGCCGGUGUAGCAACUAUUGUUCGCGAGGGAUAUCCUGAUUACACAGCAUUUGACCCAGAUCACCCCUAUUUUGACACCAAGUCUAAUAAAGAGGAGCCCAAGUGGUAUAUGGUUGACGUUCAGUUUGAGUGCAAGUUUAGCCAAGUUUUGACUCUAAAUAGUCUUAAACAGGCCGAUGAGCUUAAGGAGAUGGUUCUGAUAAAACGAGGGCGUCUGUCAGUGCAACCGGUGCGUAAGAGCGAGUACGAUUUUAUUUUAUCAAAUGCUGAAAUUGAAGGCUAA